GGGGGUAUUUAAUAAUGAGUAAAUCCAAACAUAAUAAUAUAGCCCAUAAGUGGUUGUCUAUUUCCAGUUUAAGUUUACACAGAAAUAAUGUAUAAUUUACGGUAAAUGUAUUUUUUUGACAAUGGCAAAACACCCAUCAGAUUGCAAUUGAUUGCACAUGUACCAAAAUCUGACACUUUCUGACCUUACACGGUUCAGGUUUUGGUAUGCGUACCACAUUCUGACGAUGCAGCCCUUUCUAACACUACAGCGGUAUCGGUAAUAUCAAGCCUGGGGUUCGCUUGUAGCUUUGAACAUAGAGAAACACAGAUAUAUUUGGAAUUUAAGUAUGAUCAUACCUCAGCAAAAUGAUAAUAGUAUGCACAAAGCUCACUAUUAUUAAACUAACAUAUACGAUCAGCGCUAACCUCAUAAACCCCAGCGUCAUCUGUUGUUUGCCUGUUCAUUUUGAUAUUCACGCUUUUAUUCAUGCAUAUCUGUUCCUUACGAUUUUUUUUGUUUUUGGAAAAAACAACAUGGAUUUAUGGGAAUCGCAUCUUCUUGUUUUUUAUUAGCAGAACGCAAAGUUAUUUUCUAAAUACUCUUAGAUAUAGGUGCUUCUUACGAGAGGCAAGUUGCUCAAGGGGUUCUAUAAAGAACAAGUCGGGGUCCAAAGUUCGAAGCUCCAUACUGGCAUUCUAUUUAGGACUGUGGUUUUGUAGUGAACCUAAAUAGACACUGUGUAGCUAUUGUGGGUGGCUAUUGAUAGAAAUCCAGUCAAAGCGCUAUAUUCUAAAAAUUACACUAUUAAUAACGACAUCUAUUUUAGUAAUAGAUAAUGCAAUUACUUAUCCAUGCAUGCAUGGGUCAUCAUCGUGCUUUCAUUAAAUAACUGAAAUGUAUAUUAUUUUCAUCAUGCUCACACUGCAUUUGUACAAGAGCAUUAUGUCCAUAUAGUUACAGCAACAGCUGUAAUUUAAAUCUGUUGGUGUUUAGGAAUUCCCUUACACCCCUCCCCCCUCUCAUACACAGUACCGCUGCACCGGCUGGACUGCAGUCACAGCGUGUCCACUUUAAUAGGCACUCCCUCUGUAGCUGCGCUGAUCACGCUACGUUAUUUUUGCAAUCAGUAUGGCUCCGAGUUGUACCCCGGCGGUGCAGCGGGAAUCCCGGCGCUGGCCCUUUAAACCGGUUGGUUCGCAUCCAUCCAGAUGAAUGGUGCGCUGGACACGUGAGUGAGUCUCGCUGUGGUCGCUCUCUUUACAGCCGGAGAAUUUCUAAUGUUUUCUCUGGCUGUGGUCCAACCCCUAGGUUUUUUUUUUCUUUCUUUUUUUCGUGGUACCGCCUCCUUUAUUUUUUUCACAACCCCCCUCCUAUACCUUUCCCCCCACCGGGAAAGGUGCUUUUUAUAUAUACCCAUCCUCAUUCUCAGGCCGUGGGCUGGUUUCAAAUCAUUUUACCAACCCCAGCAACAACAACAACAAAAAAACACUUCUUCCCCAAACUCCUAUAAUACCAGCUGUGCUAAUAGUGAGGCGUAUAUCCUGAUAUAGGGUUGUGCAUGGUCUGUACGCGCAGUGUCACCCCGUCAUUUCAAUGUGUUCUAAUUUGCAGUGAUCCAAUCUUAAUUCAUAUUGAUCGCUGCCUUUCCAUUUACAAAAAAGGACCAACGUCUUUUUUUCCAUUUUGUACAGUAAAGUACCGCAGCAGCACCUCUGUGCUCAUAGCAUUUUAAAAGGGCUGUGCAUUUCCAAACAUUUUUUUGUAGUCCUUCAUGUUUAGUUUUGCUUUGUUUUUUUUAUAUAUGUUUUAAAAUUCCCGAUCCUUAAGUUACACGAGAGGAGCUCUCCCCCUCCCGUUUUCAGCACCAGGACGUCCGGCGUGGUUAGCAGAUCUUGUGUAAGUGCUGGAGGUGCUGAAGAAUCCGAUUCUACUGGAGCCACGAUGAGUACACGAGGCGAAGCAGCCGGCCAGCCCUCCUCAGCACAGGAUCAACCUGCAGCCCCGGAGCCCCAGAAGAGGGGUCGGGGCAGACCGAGGAAACAGCAGCAAGAACCAGCUGGAGAGCCUGCGCCUAAACGACCAAGGGGGAGACCUAAAGGAAGCAAAAACAAGGGUCCGUCAAAAGCAGCUCAGAAGAAAGCAGAGGCCACAGGAGAAAAGAGACCCAGAGGCAGACCCAGGAAAUGGCCACAGCAAGUGGUCCAAAAGAAGCCUGCUCAGGAAGAAGCCGAGGAGAGUUCCUCGCACGACUCUGCCGAGGAGGAUUAAGAAACCACAGCAUGUGCCUUCUACCUCAUUCAGCAGCCACGUCUUUCAAAAGGGAAAGAUACGGCCUUGACCACUUUUUUUCGAUUCAUAUGGUCUUUCCACUUUUUUUUUUUUGCCUGGGUAAAAAUAUAAAUCACACAUAAAACGUAC